AAUCCGUACUUCAAAAAACUUCGAGACCGCAAAAUGUAGCUUAUUGCUCUCAUAUUGAACCCUAAACCACUUACCAGGUUGCCCGGAAGGAACUGCAGCGACAACUGAAACUGAACCAAAGGAAAAAUAGACGUUGAUUCUGACCAUUAUCAGUAGUGUUGCGAAAUUUGCAAGACAUCGCUGAUGGUUUUUAUUCGAAUUUGUCACGUGUAUUCACAACUCAAGAUGUGGAGUUGAUCCGAGGAAUGCUUGGUGGGUUGGAGCCAUUACCUGAUUGGUAACGCCGAUGUUCAUCCUUCCAUUCAUUACCUGAUUGUAGCUUGUUUGGAAAGAUAUGUUCAGCAGGGUAGAAUGGUAAAUCACCUCGCAUCAGCGACAGGUGCGAAGAGUCCAUACACGAGGUCCCAGCCCAAUGAACCCUUAUCUCUCGAAGCAGUUCCUCGAGUCCCCGAAAACUUAAAGAGAGAUUUUUAGUUUUGUCUUUAUUGUUACCUUAAUUGGAAAUAUUGGGUUGCAGAGCCACCGCUGAAAAAAUGCAAGUGUUGGCAUGCAAUUCUAGUACUCCUCUGCAAUCUCAAGCAUUGAGACUGGGCUCCCCCAAGACCCGCUUCAUUGGAAGAAGACAGCUUUUCUUUACCGGCAUGUCCUCCGCUUGCUCUGAAUCUCAAUCAACCUCUACUCAUUCUCCGGACGGCGCCGUUUUCCCCUUCCCCAUUUCCACUCCAAGGAGUGUUCAAGAACUGAGCAAGGACAUCGAGCCAUUAGUGCUUAAGAGUACUGCUUUCACAACAAGGAGGGCUUUGUUUGCGAGUAUAUUCAUGUACUCGUUGUAUGAUCCUUCAAGGUACUUGUCAGCUCUAGCUUUAGGGGAUCCAUCUGUAACAAUUGAAGAAGUAACUCCCCCAGUUUUCGCUUCCGGAGCACUCUUCCCCACUGAGGAAAGAAUUGUCGAACUCUUUGAGAAGAACACAAAUUCUGUUGUUAACAUUUUCGAUGUAACAUUGCGCCCUCAACUUAAUGUAACUGGUGUGGUCGAGGUUCCCGAAGGAAAUGGUUCAGGAGUAGUUUGGGAUAAACAAGGACACAUUGUAACAAACUAUCAUGUAAUUGGUAAUGCACUCUCAAGAAAUCCAGGUCUCGGGCAGGUUGUUGCACGAGUUAACAUUCUAGCAUCGGAAGGGGUACAAAAGAAUUUUGAGGGAACUCUAGUUGGUGCUGAUCGUGCGAAGGAUCUUGCUGUCUUGAAGGUAGAAGCCUCUGAAGAUCUGUUGAGGCCUAUUGUCGUGGGGCAGUCAUCUUCUCUAAGAGUUGGGCAGCAAUGUUUAGCAAUUGGAAAUCCAUUUGGAUUUGAUCAUACCCUUACUGUUGGAGUUAUUAGUGGACUGAAUCGAGACAUUUUUAGUCAAGCGGGGGUCACCAUUAAUGGUGGAAUUCAAACCGAUGCAGCUAUCAAUCCUGGGAACAGUGGAGGACCCCUGCUAAAUUCAAAAGGAAAUUUGAUUGGGAUAAAUACUGCAAUAUUUACUCAGACAGGUACAUCAGCAGGUGUAGGAUUUGCUAUCCAAUCAUCAACUGUGCUAAAAAUUGUCCCUCAGUUGAUCCAAUUCGGCAAAGUUGUUCGAGCUGGUUUGAAUGUGGAUAUAGCUCCAGACCUGAUUGCAAAUCAACUCAAUGUUCGUUAUGGAGCUCUUAUUUUACAGGUCCCUAAAAAUAGUGUUGCGGCGAAGGCUGGCCUACUUCCUACCACAAGGGGAUUUGCGGGUAACAUAGUCCUCGGGGAUGUCGUUGUUGGAGUUAACAACAAACCUGUUAAAAACCAAGCAGAGUUGAACAGCGUAUUGGAUGAAUUUAGCGUGGGGGAGAAAGUAAUCUUAAAUAUUCAGAGAAGCGGUGAAAAUUUGGAGGUUCCCAUAAUAUUAGAGGAAAAGAGUUCAUAAUUGGUAUGCUGAUGAUUUUUACUUGUUAAUCAGCAUAACAUUUCCUCAUUUGUAUGAGUAUAUUAUUAUUUUUGGUCCUGAGAUGUACAAUGAGGAAUUACCUGUGUAUAAAUUGAACGGUUCUGGAAAAUAAGUUGAAUCAACCAGUCUUGCGUAUUUUCAAAUA